UUCAUUGAAUCAGCACUAGAAGGAGAAGGUGCCGCUCUUUCUCUGUUCCAAGUAGAGAGAGUGAGAGAGAGUUAGUGAAGAAGAAGGGCUAAAAUGAAGACAAUUCUCUCAUCGGAGACGAUGGACAUUCCGGAGGGAGUCCAGAUCAGGGUUCACGCCAAGGUCAUCGAGGUUGAAGGUCCACGGGGAAAGCUCGUCCGCAAUUUCAAGCAUCUAAACCUCGAUUUUGAGCUCAUCACUGAUGAGGCCACCGGAGACCGUAAGCUCAAGAUCGAGUCCUGGUUCGGCUCCAGGAAGACCAGCGCCGCUAUUCGUACGGCUCUCAGCCACGUCGAGAAUCUCAUUACCGGCGUCACUAAGGGAUACCGUUACAAGAUGCGAUUCGUCUACGCCCAUUUUCCCAUCAAUGCGUCUAUUUCCAAUACCAACAAGUCUAUUGAGAUUCGAAACUUCUUGGGCGAGAAGAAGGUGAGAAAGGUAGACAUGCUUGAGGGAGUUUCUAUUCUCAGGUCUGAAAAAGUUAAAGAUGAACUUGUUUUGGAUGGCAACGAUAUUGAGCUCGUUUCUCGGUCUGCUGCCCUGAUAAACCAGAAAUGCCAUGUCAAGAACAAAGAUAUCCGUAAGUUUCUCGAUGGUAUUUAUGUUAGCGAGAAGGGAUGUAUCCAAGUGGAGGAAUGAAGAGUGAUAUAAGGUUUGAUAGACACAUUUUUGAUAAGGUUUUGUUUUUAUUGUUGAGUUUAUUUGGGCAGCUCCUAAAAAGCCUGUUUUGGAGAAUGGAACGACAGUUUUGUAUUCUGAAAAUUAAUUACAAAGUUAUUGUUGGUGAAA